CGCAUCGCUGCCGCGUUGCAAGUCCCAGAGACACUGUCUCGCACAGCGAAUGUGCCUUCUCGUUCCACAAUCCGUUCUCUACAGACGAAGGAAUCCUUGUCAACAUGAAUACUUUCAUAGGGACAGUUCCAGAACUUGCCUUUGCUGCCGCCGAUUCGUCUCAGGAACGUGACAUUUUCCUCAGAAUCGUCAAGACGCGGAAGUGCAAGAUAAAUGACGACGAUGCCACCGAGAACAACGGAGAAGAUAAACUUCCCACGACGCUGGGCAUUGGUGUCGAAGGUGGGUUUUCGACAGAUAGUGAUAAGUACGAAACCGUCACAAAGCAUUCUAUUUUAGUUAUGGAUAACAGCAAGAAUAUUAUCAUCGAAAUUCCGUUCGAUGUUGAAGACGACGAUGCAUCGGCGAAGCUUCCGGAAAUGGUCGUCAAGAGUGCCAAAUCAAUUAUUCAUCACGUCGGUUUGGCCAUUCAGCAAGAUUUGACAGCGUGGAAGGAUGACGAAGAGAUUCCCAUCAGCAAGUACUGCAACGAGCUGCCAUUUGUAGAUAACGGGGUGAAAAUUUCUCCAGAUCCCAAAUCGUGGAAAUGUGAAAAAAGUGGAGACACGGAGAAUAUAUGGCUCAACCUAAGCGAUGGUUUCAUUGGUGGAGGACGCAAGAAUUGGGACGGCAGUGGUGGUAGUAACGGCGCCUUGGAUCACUAUGAAGAAACAGGGCAACAGUACCCCUUGGUGGUGAAACUGGGAACCAUCAGCACGGAAGGCUCUGUUGUGUCUGCCGACUGCUAUAGUUAUGCAAAAGACGAAGAUGGUCCAGUAAAGAUUCCAAACUUGGGGGAGUUGCUGCGGGCGAGAGGAAUCGAGGUGAUGGGUUUGCAGAAGACGGAAAAAUCGACGGCCGAGCUCGAGGUGGAGCUGAAUGCGGUAAGAAAGAAUUGAACAUGUGCGCAGGCUGGUCUGUGUUCUCCAGCCGAAAACCUACAGAUAUUGACGCUCAUUU